AUGCCCCUAAGCCAAGAUGACUUUGGCUUUGGCCGUGCGCCGUGGCGAAGCCGUUUGAAGAACAUGGGCUUGUGUCGACCACAGCCGCAGAUUGGCACCGCCAUUUGGGAUACGACCCCUGAAAGAGAACCACGUGUUCGCGGAAGUGACGCUGCGAGGAGCCAAUUGGAUUCAAAGUUCUAUCCCAAGGAGGCAAUCUCCAGUCGUCCAUUGAAGCGUCCGAAGACCCCACCAAACCGGGUGGACAAGGUGGAGGGCAUCGCAAGAAUUGACCACAUCCCGAUGAAGCAGAGGGCUUUGCAUGAUACAUCAAAACGGUGUUUCCCUUGGGCCAGAAGCCAACUCACCGGAUACGAGAACCCAGUGCAGUGGGAAGAGGAGCCCAUCCCUGGACAGCGCCCCUCACAUCCAGUGUCAGCCAAUGGUCCCGUUGGUGUGGAACACCGAAGAUGUUUCCCUGAGAAGCAACUGCCUUCAGGGAUCCCACCACCAGCGCUUUGCAAGCCCCCCUUCGGCUCUGAAUGGGGUGGUUGGGCCUUGAAUGGUGCUCCUGGACGUGGACCUUUGCAACAACCAUGGGAUUCCCUCAGAGGUGCCAAUGAGGAGCGGGAAGAACGUUUUUGCGAUGCGCGUACCAAGCGUUUUCCAGAGAUGAAGUAUGAAGACACCUUCCAUCGAACCAAAUGGCACCUGGAUGCGAAGGAUCAUGUGGACCCUGCAAACGCCAAGCGAAUUCAUGUGAACGUACCCAAGGUUGGCCUAGCCACACCUGCAGCAGGCAAAGCUAGCAAUAUGCCCGUGGAGGGAGCUGCGAUGGACUGGUAUGAGCGAGUUCGUGGCAAGGAGACUUCCCAAGGCAGUCUAGGCUGUGCUGCGGCAAAGGUUUGCUGGCAUCAAGAUCAUCCAGGGUUAGAUCAUCCAGGGUUUUCGUGGGCAAGUUCUUUCAUGAAGUUUCAAAAGGGGUCGGACACUCGUGAAAACUAA